GUACAACCACAAGCACGCCGCCAAGCAACUACCAUUACUUGCGAAGUGGGCAUAUUGGGUUCCCUUCUGCUGUGUCCCCGAGAUCUGCUGCCUCCCCGUUCUCGUCUGCUGAGCCGAAUGAGGGAAUACCGUAUCCACAGACACCGCGCAGUGGAGUCUCAAGCUCUUAUAGUGUCUUCUUCAACUCUCCAUCGCCUCAAGAACGAGCCGCAGGACCCCUGCGCGAGGUGUACUGUCUGAAUGUGCAAGAAAUGAAUGCUACUGCAGCUUUCAGAAACCGCACUGACAGAAUUGCAAUUGAAGCGGGGUUGCUCCCUACGGCUUCUUCUCCUACAGAGUACGUGCAAAAUCCUAUCGAUGUCGCGGUUAUGGAAGAGGAUCAUGAAGAUUCAGCUGGAGCUACUGCUAGUGUCAGAUCGGCAGAAGCAAUCACAGGACAACGUGAAAAGCAGGUUACAACAGGUGCAGGAGCUCGAGACAGUGAAAUUGUACCUCCUGAAGAUCACGUGGCGAUGAAGAAAGCACAGGAGUCGUGUCGUUUGCUCGUGUGUGGUAGCCGACCACGACCACCUGCUGAAGAAGUAAAGGAGCCAUCGUCCAACGUGGUGCUGAACUACGAUGGUACUCCAUUCGCACUCGAUGGCGCACCGAGUAAGAGUUUUGGUGCAUCAAGUUAUAUUUUGUCUCGAUUUUUGGGUCAACUCAGUUCUGCACAAUCUUCACCAUUCUUCCAAACUGGUUGUCCCGCAAAAAAGUGACUUACAACAUGAACCCCGACCCGAGUCCGACAAGAGGGGACGAAGCAACUAACGCGGCAUUCAUGUUUCCUUCGGGUCGCGUGAUGGGGAAGGAAGAGUCAAGUAGAGGCAAACGUUCAUCAUCACGGAAUCGAAACGGUAGAACCGGGUUCAAUAAGAGAAUAACAAGCGACAGCAUAGCUGUUUCACAACACGAAUCAAGAUCAACGACAACUGCAUUUAUAAACGAGGACAGCAUGAUAUCCAUAUCAUCUUCAUCUGCUGAAACAGAAUCCUCCACAUCAAGAACGACAACUGCAUUUAAAGAUGAAGAUAUCUAUAUCAAAUCUUUCCCGGCACCUCCAGUACAUGUGGAAGACCAGGAGUACAUGGCGGCAGCAGUGAACGAGCAAGACAACAGCAUGCUCAUUUGUAUAGACCCAGCGGAUCAUACAGGAGCAUUAGGUGGGCUUGCGCCACCCACCAUCAUUGACGUGUCUACCCAUGAUCCCACUAAAUUCUUAGGGCGUAGUAGCAGUAGGAUGAGCAAAAGGUCCAGUACGAUCCCAACCCUUUCAGAAGAGGACCACAAGGACUACGACGAAGAGAGCCAGGACGAAGGGCUUCAAGGACAUCAAAAAUGCGUAUUUUCAACGGCCGCUGUUGCGGAAUCGCUGCGGGCGUGCGGAGCAUCGGGACGUGUCCGAGUGAAGAUGAC